UUUCUAACAAUAUAAACUACCAUAGUUUAGUGGCAGGCGCUGCUAACAACCGCAAUCACUGAAAAAUGAUACAGCUGCGUUCACUUUGUUUCGGUGUUCACUCCGAAUCUCGCUGACCCAUCUCAUCCACUAGGACGGUAUUGUGUGGACUUGAAUUCCAGGUUCCUUAAGUCCAAGGUUCAUACCGUAAAAUAUGAAGUUUCUCUUUUUCACCAAGGUGGUGCAAAGUAGUGGGAUAAGUUGGAAGAAAGGUUCUUUGGAUAAUAGUUUUGAAGAUGCAACUUUAAUCAUGCUUUGGCUCUAGCUUGAACAUGGCUCAACAGUAUGUACAAGUUAAUGUGAUGCCAUUUCCAAUUGGCAAAACAGACAUCAACCUGGCGCUUAAUCUGAACGUCAGCUUGGGAAUAUUUAGUUUGUAAUGUUGAUAUGCUCCUGUUCUGUCUCAUUUAUCUUGGCUGAAUGAAGAAUAGCAGUGAGUUUCAUAAGAUGCUAUUGCAUCACAAAUUGGUGCUGAUUCGUAAUUAUCUUUGUAUGAUUCUGUAUUUUGGACAGUUCUCAUUACUUUCCUAAAUGGAGCUCAAUGAAGAUCCUGGGCCAAUUGAUAAUUGUGUACUAUAUGAUCAAGAUAAUCACGUUUCUUCAGCAAUUUGGGAUGGACAUGAGCGUGGGGUGCUUAGAUGCCAUGAACACACUUCAUUGCUUGAUCAGUGGAAGCUCACACCUAUACAGAUUAAGUUAGUUGAGAAGGCUGGUUUUGGUUACCUUCGACUACUUCCUGCUAUGAGCCUUGACAAUGCACUCAUAGCAGCUUUGGUUGAGCGGUGGAGGAGAGAAACAAAUACCUUUGACUUAAGUGUUGGAGAAUUAACAAUAACCCUUGAAGAUGUAGCACUAUUACUGGGAUUGGCUAUUGAUGGAGAACCUGUGAUAGGUCCAAUAAGUGCACCAGGUUCAGUUUGUGAAAAACUACUAGGGAGAGUACCAGAGGACUUGAAUGGAGGAAUGGCGAAUCUUACUUGGCUUAAGGAAUUCUUUUCUGAGUGUCCUGAAGAUGCAUCGCCGGAACAAACCGAGUGCUGUACUCGUGCUUACCUUCUAUACCUGGUAGGCAGUACAAUAUUUUCAACAACAACUGGGAACAAAGUCCCUGUUAUGUACCUUUCUUUGUUUGAGAACUUUGACAGGGCAGGAAAGUUUGCUUGGGGUGCAGGCGCAUUGGCAUUUUUAUAUAGAGCACUUGGCAAUGCAUCCCUUAGAUCUCAAAGCACCAUUAGUGGCUGUUUAACUCUAGUUCAGUGUUGGAGUUACUCUCGCCUCAAUGUUGGACGGCCAAAAUUUAAUCAAGAACCUGAUAACAUUUGCUUUCCCUAUGUGCUUAAAUGGAAAGGGAAAAGUGGUUCUAGGACAAAAUGUAAUGCAGUGUCCUACAGGAAGGCUUUGGAUUCUCUUAAAUCUUGUGAUGUUCACUGGCUUCCUUACAAGGAUAUGGACUUUACAGCCAUACCAGAAGAUAUAAAAAGUUGUCUGAAUUUACGGGCAUCUAGAACUAUGCUAUUGUGUUUUGACAAGGCAGAAAGGCAUCUUCCAGAUCGUUGCUUAAGGCAAUUUGGCAUGUACCAAAACAUCCCGAAAGAUGUGGAACGGUGGGAAAGGAAGAAUCGUAUAGUGGAUCAUGGGAUAGGCCUGAAGGGGAAAAUGGACAUGGCUCUAAAAGAAUGGUCAGAGCGUUGGCUUCAUAUUGCAGAAGGUGGUGAAAUUUCAGAUGAGGGUGAGUACAUGCAAUGGUACCAGAAGAUUACUCGGAAAUACAUUGUGAGAGUCACAUCAUCUUUGGAGUCUGAGUAUCAGAGAACCGUUACUGCGAUGAGGGAAAUUGCAAACAUUGCUGAUAUAAUCUCAACAGAAGGGUUGGAUUCUCAUAACAAAGAUUUACUUGAUGAAGUGAAGAGCCUUGUGCACAAGUGCUUAACAGAGCAGUUUGAAGAAAUACCAGAGGAGAAAGUGAGUAAGAAGUGUAGUCGGAAACGUAGGCAAAAUGAUCACCUAGGUACGGAGUAUGAAUAGCAUAGGUUAGAGCAGAGGCUGAAGCUAACUCUGAUUUUUGCCCACUGAUAUUUAUAGCUUAAGGCUGGUGAAGGACGCAAGGUGUUUAAUCGAACGUUCAACACCACAGCAAACAAAUCCUAUAGAAGAGGAUGGCAUAUAUAUUCACAAUUUAAAAAUUAAACUUGAGACAUUUUGAUGCAGAUAGUUGGUAAAUACCUGCUGUAAAGCCCCAUUUGAUAUUUUUGUUAUAGGCAUUUAUUGUAUGUUUUUCUUUCUUCC